AGGACUCUCCUUCAGACGCAGUACAAUCUCGGACUGCCCAUCGAUUGCGAAACGCGGCGGGCGAUUUGAGGCAACCAAGCUGAUUAGUGUGAUAUUGUUCAUGUGUGUUUCAUAACCAUUUCAAAUUUAUUGGAGACUUGGAGUAAAGAUAUAUCACUUAGCAAAUGUCCGUUGGUCGAGUUACAAUGCUGCGGAAGGGAAACUCCGGCGAGCUGGCGCGAAAGACCAAUACGGUUGUGGUGACGGUUCCACCGCUGGUCAAGAAAUCGAGCAAGAGCCGCUCGUUCCACUUCCGCUACUUGGAGCUGUGCCGCGCCAAAAAUCUGACGCCGGUGCCAGACAUCCGCAGCAAGCAGAAUGCGACCACCACUUACCUGGAGCUCUGUGGCGACAAAUUGGCAGUCAGCGACUGGCAGCUCCUGACUGAGGCGUUGCACUAUGACCUCGUGCUCCAGCAGCUGGUGGUACGACUCCGCAGGACUUAUCCACAAACCAACAUUGACCCAAUUGACACUGAAAAGAGAGCCAAGCUGUUUCGCCAGCGACCGGUGAUCUACACGCGUUUCGUAUUUAAUAGCCUGGUUCAGGCGAUUGCCAAUUGCGUUUCGAGCAAUAAAAAUUUGAGUGUUCUGAAACUGGAGGGCCUGCCACUGCAGGAUGGCUAUAUUGAGACUAUUGCCAAGUCCUUGGCCGAAAGUGAGUGCUUGGAGAAUGUGAGCUUUCGCAAAUCCAACAUUGGCGACAAGGGCUGUGAGGUAGUCUGUAAUACAGCCAAGUAUUUAAACCACAUCGAGACCUUCGACCUUUCCGAUUGUGGACUGACGUCUAGAGGAGCCGCGCACGUGGCCGAAAUGCUAAAGAUGCAAAAGAUCACUCGAUUCACAGAGGGAUGGGAGAAGUCGUUGCGAUAUCGCAGUGUGGAUGUGAACACGAUCGGAGGAUUGCGAACGGUUCUGCUGUCUGAUAAUCCGGAGAUCGGCGACCACGGCAUCCAGUGGAUCACCGAGGUGCUGAAGGAGGACGCCUGGAUAAAGAAAAUCGACAUGGACAACUGCGGCCUCACGGACAUCGGUGCGAAUCUGAUCCUCGACUGCCUGGUGAUGAACACGGCGAUCGCGGAGUUCAGUGUGCGGAACAACGAGGGCAUCAGCAAGUUCCUACUGCGCAGCAUCCGGGAUCACUUGGGUGAAGGUCCAGAGGAGAAACAGGAGCCGGAGUACGAUCUCAGUUGCGUGAAUGGAUUGCAGAGUCUGCCCAAGAACAAGAAGGUAACCGUGUCCCAGUUGUUGGCCCACACGAAGACACUGGAGGAGCAGCUCUCCUUUGAGCGAACGAUGCGGAAGAAGGCCGAGAAGCUGAACGAGAAGCUCAGCCAACAGCUAAUGAGCUCCGAUUCUGGCAACGUGGCACAGGAGAAGGUCAUUGGGCCGGGAUCCCAAUCGCACUUGAACAGGGAGUAUGUGGUGCGCCACGAAGUGAUGCAGGAGGUGCUCAAGGAUUCCCAGAGCUAUCGCCAGUCUCAUUUCAACCGGCUGGUGAACAGUGCUGUCACCAGUCCGGAGGUCACCCCUCGCAGCGAAAUCAUAACGCUGCGCAAGGAGCAGCAGAUGCAACAGCAAGCCUCGCCAGUGCAAAACAAGCAUCCUUCCAUAGAGCAGCAGCUGAGGAAUCGGCGCCAAGUGGAGGUGGAGGUGGAGGAGCUGCCGGAGGAAAGCUUCUCCGAGGCGGAACCUCUGGACGAGGAACAGCAGCACUACGAGCAGCAGAUGCAGGUGCAGCGCAAGCAGUUGCAGGUGCGCAAGGUGCGCAGCGAGAUGAAGUACGUGGAGAGCAAUCCCAAGGAGGCGGCCAACAAGAACCGCGAGUCCAAGUCGGAUCACGAGUUUGCCAACGAGCGAGAUUUCAACCUGAAUGCAGCCGUGCAAUUUGAAACGGACAUUGGCGACAGUGCCAUGGUGAAUCCUGGCCAGCGCUUCGAGGGCGAGGGAGACACCGGUUACUAUAACCACUAUGAGCAGGAGGAGCCGAUCAAGCGGGGCUACGAGAAGGGCUAUGCAGUUGGCGAUGGAUCACACAGAAGGCAGAGACCCUCCCACCUGGCCGAAGCCCUCGCCAAGAAACGUGUCGGAGGAGCGGGCGACGGUCAUGUGGCACAGUUUGUUAGUAACCUGGAGCGAAAGGCGAACGUCGUCAUGUCGGGGAAAAAACGCAUUAAAUCUCGGCCGGACGACAAUCAUCCGGUGCAGGCAAACGAGAUGCAAAUCGAGUCGUACAUGUCCAACUACGAGGAGGUGUCCUCGACGGAUGUCACGCUGGAAAACUCGGAUUACGAGGCGGAGACCACGGACUCCACGUUGCGGGCCAGUUCCAAGUACUCCUCGAUGCAGGUCUUUGUGCGGCGCAAGCAUUCCGAUUCGUUGUCACUGCCGGAGGAUGCCGGCGAUGGAGAGGCGGGCGGAGGUGGUGAUGGAGGGGACGGAGAUGGGGAACUCAUCUCGCCGCGGAAUAUGUACCUGUCCUUGCAGCUCCAGAAGCGAGAGACGAGCUCCUAGGAGGCUGCCCAUUUUCUACCAAACAACCGCAUUCCAGCAGCCAUUCGCAGCGGGAGCAGGGACACCUCUGCUGGCUCCACCAACGAGCUGUACCACCGUACCCAAGCCAACUAGAUUCGAUGGGAGGAUCCCCACUGGGAGAGCCAAAUUUGCAGUCGUACUCCCGAGCAGUAACAGUACAGCAGGGCAUUACCUCCUAUUUGCACGUGUCCUGCCCUCUGCGAGUUCCAGCUGCGACAAAAAUGUACAAAAACAGAAAUUAGGCUUACUGAUUGCCAUUAAAGAUUUACCAUUUGUGUGCUCUCAA